AUGGCUUACUUAAAUGGAGAUGAGUCCAAGAUGGCGAAGGCACUUAAGAGACAACCAAAUUGGGUGUUGCAAAAACUUGGAUUAGAGAGAAAUACUAUUCAAAGCCCUAAGUCAAACAAAGUGGAAGAAGAGAAGGGAAGAGGUGAAGCAAGUAGACUAACAAUUCCUAGGUAUAGUCCCCCUCACUUGAAAAACUUGCAACAACCAUUUAGGGUCUAUAAUAAUCCAUUAUCUGAUGUUGUGGAUAAUAAUUAUGAAAAGAGGGACAUAUGGAAAAAUAUGCCCUACAAUGAAAAUAGAAACCAGUAUAAUUAUGGACAAUGCAAUAAUCAUAAUGAUGAAAGAAGAACUAACAAUGGGGAAAUUAAUGGUAAUUGGAAUGAUAGAGAUAUGAUCAACAAUGUAAGCAAUAAUAGGGGGAAUUAUGGUAACAAUGGAAACUAUGACAACAAUGGUAAUAGGAACAAUCAAAAUGGAAAUAACAAUAAUGGUGGAGGUAACAAUGGAAAUAAUGGAAAUGGAACUGAUUAUGCAGAACAACACCUAAUAAAUGUAAAAAAUAUCAUUGAAGAGUUUGAAAUCCCUCGUGAAGAUGUUUUUAUGAAACUGUUUGUUCAAUCUCUAAUAGAGGAUGCAAGAGAAUGGUAUAGGAAUCUUCCCAAUAGAUACAUUGGUAGUUGGCAGGAGUUUGUGACAAUAUUUUUGGAGGAAUUUGGAGAACAUAAUGAUACUUCAUUUGCAUCUCAUGAAUUGACUAGCAUAAAAAAGAAUCAGAAUGAAUCAAUUUCUGAAUUCAAUAAGAGCAAGAUUCACUAUGAGAUUCUAUCUCAUAAGCCUACCACCUUGCAGCAAGCAUUUAAGAUAGCCACUACCAUUGAAAACAAUAGAAAAGCUACUGGGAAAAUUGGUAAGAGAGAUGAUCCAAAAUUAUAUAAUCCUAGAGCAGCAAAAAAGGAUGAGUUUAACCAAAUCAUGGACAUGCUGAAAGACAUGAAGAGUAAGAAAAUUCACAAUGAGAAGCCUCCCCCAUAUAGAAAACAAUGUAUGAUUGCACAUGGUUUUGCAGAAGAGAAGGACCAUGAGAGUGAGUAUGAGCCUACUGUAAAUGUACUUUCAUCAGAUCCAUUUUGGGGUAGGGAUGAGGAUUCAUCUGAGGAUGAGCAAUCAUCAAAUGUAUGA